GUCAAGAUGACUCUGCUGGCCCCAGUUAAUGGGCUUCAUGGAUUCUGUCUCUUGUUUUGCAGCGAUGAGGCCAUGAGGAAGGCUGGUGUAGCCCACAAUAAAUCCAGCAAAGAUAUGGAGAGUCAUGUUUUUAUGAAAGCCAAAACUCGGGAGGAAUAUCUUUCUCUUGUUGCCAGACUUAUUAUCCACUUUCGAGACAUUCUCAAUAAGAAAUCUCAGGCCUCAGUCAGUGAUCCUAUGAAUGCACUGCAGAAUCUAACAGGCGGCCCCCCAGCAGGAGCAGCUGGAAUGGGCAUGGCGUCACGAGCUCCAGGAGCACCAAUGGGUGGGCUGAGUGGACUUGGGCCAAUGGGGCAACAGAUGAGCCUUCCAGGGCAACAGCCUCCUGGAACCUCUGGGAUGGCCCCUCAUGGUAUGACUGGUGUGUCUGCAGCUACCCAACAGACACAGCUCCAACUGCAACAGAUGGCGGCGCAGCAGCAACAGCAACAGCAGCAGCAGCAGCAGCAGCAAUUUCAGCAGCAGCAGGUGGCUUUGCAGCAGCAGCAACAGUUCCAGGCACAGUCAGUCAUGCAGCAGCAGUUCCAGGUCCAGCAGCAGCAAGCGGCAGCAGCAGCAGCUGCACAGCAGCAGCAGCAACAGCAGCACCAACUGCAAGCAGUCCAGCAGCAGCAGCAUAUGCUGAAACUGCAGAUGCAGCAGCAGCAGCAAAAUCAGCAACAGAUGCAGCAGCAGCAGCAACAACAGCUACAGCGAAUUGCUCAAAUGCAGCAGUUACAGCAACAGCAGGCAGCUCAGGCUCUGCAGCAGCAGCAGCAGCAGCAGCAAAUCACUGCUUCCCAAUUAGCCACUCCCCAAGUGCCUUCAGCACAUGCUCCAUGGGGCAACCUGAAUGGACUUCUUAGUGGCAGCUGGACCAGCUGUUCUGAGUGUACCCUCCCUAAUCAGGUUAUGCCUGUCACUUUUACCCAGCAGCAGUUAAAAGCCAUGCAGGUAAGAGCUCAACUGGUGCAGCAGCAGCAGGCAGCAGCAGCAGCCCAAGCAGCUCAGGCCCAGGCUGCUCAGAUGGGAGCGUCAGGACAGAUGAUCACCGCAACUAUGGCCAGAGGUGGGAUGCAAAUAAGACCACGGUUCCCGCCUACCACCGCUGUAUCUGCCACGCCUCCAAGCUCCAUUCCUUUGGGCGGACAGCAAAUGCCACAGGUCAAUCAGAGUAGCAUUACCAUGAUGUCGUCUCCUUCACCUGUCCAGCAAGUGCAGACACCCCAGUCAAUGCCACCGCCUCCUCAGCCACAGCUGGCAAUUGAACAUGAAUGAAUGUUAAAACAAAGUGGUUAUAGCUCCGGUCCAGCCCCAUCUCCUAGCAGCUUCCUCCCUAGUCCAUCUCCUCAACCAUCCCAGAGCCCAGCAGCUGCACGAACACCACAAAACUUCAGUGUCCCAUCUCCAGGUCCUUUGAACACUCCAGGAAAUCCAAAUUCUGUCAUGAGUCCAGCAAGCUCCAGCCAAUCUGAGGAACAGCAGUACCUGGAGAAACUCAAACAGCUGUCAAAGUACAUUGAACCACUCCGGAGGAUGAUCAAUAAGAUUGAUAAAAAUGAAGAUAGGAAGAAGGACCUAAGUAAGAUGAAGAGCCUCUUGGAUAUCCUGACUGAUCCUUCAAAACGAUGCCCUCUGAAGACGCUACAGAAAUGUGAAAUUGCUCUAGAGAAGCUCAAGAAUGACAUGGCUGUACCCACACCACCACCUCCACCAGUGCCCCCUACCAAACAGCAGUACUUGUGCCAGCCACUUUUGGAUGCUGUUUUGGCAAACAUUCGUUCACCAGUCUUCAACCAUUCCCUUUAUCGUACCUUUGUACCAGCUAUGACUGCAAUACAUGGCCCUCCAAUCACAGCCCAAAUGGCUUCGCCUCGAAAGCGUAAAUAUGAAGAGGAUGAAAGGCAGACCAUACCAAAUGUAUUACAAGGGGAAGUUGCAAGAUUAAAUCCUAAAUUCUUGGUGAAUCUGGAUCCCUCCCAUUGCAGUAAUAAUGGUACAGUCCACCUCAUAUGCAAACUAGAUGACAAGAACCUUCCAAAUGUCCCACCACUACAGCUCAGUGUUCCAGCUGACUAUCCAGAUCAGAGUCCUCUGUGGAUAGACAACUCUCGGCAAUAUGCAGCCAAUCCCUUCUUGCAAUCGGUAUAUCAGUACAUGACAUCAAAAUUGCUGCAACUUCCAGACAAGCAUUCAGUCACAGCACUCUUAAACACCUGGGCACAGAGUAUUCGUCAAGCCUGCCUCUCAGCUGCAUAACUGUCCCCAACCCUCACCUUGUGAAAUCAUGAAGUAAAGAAAUUGGGUCUCAACAGCUGGCCUUUCCCAUGGCCACUAGAAGAAUCACAGGCAUUUUGGGAGGGAACUCCAGAAAAAGCCUUAUACUGUUUUGUUUCUAGGUGUCAGGUUCAAUAGAGAACCUGGCGUUAGAUUUAGAUUUCAUGCUUUUAUCUUCUGCCUUUGUGGACUUUGCCAGCAUUUUCACAUAUACAGAACAUGUGUAUAUAUGGUUCUUGAGACUGUAUUAGAAGGGGCUUUUAUUGUCUUCUUAGAGAAGAAAUUAUUUGUAGACUUCCAUCAGGGAGUCUGAAUGGUAUAGCUGGGAGAGGAGAGAAUGUCCUAAUUUGCUUCAGACUUUGCCUGAUGCCAGUAUUCCUCACACUCUUUGUUGUGUGACUUGAUAUUGCCCCAAGAAUAAAUCAGCUGCAACUAGAAUGUGCUCACAAACUUUCCUGUGGUUGCAGGAGUCUGGUAAUUUAAUUUGGAGACAAGGAAGAAAUCAGGGCAUUUUUAGGGCCUGCCUACUGUUUCAGAUUAAUCUGAAUAAUUAUGUUUAGGAAUAAAACCAACCAUAGGAAAAUUUUUAUAGCUUAUUUUAAACACUACUUUGUAUAAACAGUUUUCGGUUAGCACGGACCAUACAUUUCUCUCACUUAGAAGGUUGGGUAAUUUGAAGAAAGUGUGUUCAGUGUGCAUGCUGACUGAUUUCCCUGUGAGUGCAGGGAAAAUCAAUUGAUUUAAUCAUAGCAGCACUGUAAAUGAAUCCAGUGGGCUUCAGCUACUUAUCUGCAUUUAUAUUUACCUGGCAAUUCUCUUGGUGAUGGCUUUCUUGGGAAGUGAUGCAACUCAUGGGAAAUGUUUAGUUUAAAAAAAAAAAAAAAAACUGAACACAGCUCAGGUCAGAGACUUGACAGCUGAACUUCUGUGCCUCAGGCACUGAGGGGCACCUAACUAUGAAAGUAUUACUGGUAAUCUCAGUUAGGAUCAGAAGACUGAUUAUCAGCUGCUAUGUUGUGAGGCAAUGCAAAUGAAGUCACUUGCUAUAAGUCACAGUGAUUCUAUAUGCAAUGUGAUUACAUUUAAAUUGGCCCUCUCUUUGUAGUUCAUUCAUUCUUAAUUCCCAGAUGUAAGGGAAUUUCAAAGUCUAAAGUAUUUAUAUCACACCCUGCUCCAUCCCCCAGUAUUGUGCAACAGUCCCUGACAAGCAGCUGGACUCUUACAGUGGUGUCAAGAAAUUGCUGUGACCUCCUGUAAAUCUGUGUGGUGUCAUCAGUUUUAGGAUGUUUUAAAAUGUGGAUACUUAGUAAGCACUGAUUGAGGUAGCCGAGUGGUAUCAAUAUUUUGUACAUGAACUAAUGCAUUACCUGUUUGUUUUAUCAUAAUAAAUUUAUUAUUAUUUCUGUGUUUGAAACUAACCUACUCUCAUUCCAAUGUUAGUCUUUGUGCAACAGCUCUGCAAUGACCAAAGGCUGGUGGUUACUUCAUAUGUCCUAGCAGAAGCUGUAAUCUCUGCUCCCAGAAGUGAGUUCGACUGAAGGAGAGAUUCAAAAGAUUGCUAAUAGAAAUGUUAUAUAGAAGUGAAAGACUUUUAAUUUUGAUCUAACCCAGUUCACUAACUUAAUAUAGGUGCAGGUGCUUAUGUGAAAUGGAUUAGUGGACAGAUGUUCAUAUUAGAAAAGACAACAACUUAGUUUGUAUUCUUGUUGCAGUCAGGUGAGAAGACAAGAACUGAAUGAACACAGGCGAGAUCCAUUUCCUUGACAUAACAGUACACUUACAUGACGGACACAUUUCCACCACCUUAUACUGGAAACCUACUGACUGCUACACUUACCUUCAUGCCUCUAGCUU